AUGGAACAACUACGAGAUGACUUGAUCCAAAUAGAAAACAGAAUUAGAAAUGCCAUUGAAGCUAGCGAAGUUAAAAUUUUGAUGAAACUAGAGUUAGUGAAUGAAAAGGUGAAAAAAUUAGAGAAAGAAAAUUUAGAACUUCAACACAAAAUAGAACUGUUGGAGAGAAACAGCAAAAAAACAACGUCAUAUUACUUCUAUCAACUUGGAAAAUUAGAAAGAAGUCCCAUCAAAGUUGAAUUUGUAUCAACUUUUACAAAAAUAGACAUAUUAAGAAAUAUCAAGAAACUAAAGGGGACCAAUACUACUAUUUCUCCAGAUCUUACAAAAACUCAACAGGAAAGAAACAAAAUUCUAAGAAACCACCUACGAGGUAUAAGACAGACAACACAGGAUCAUUGCUACAUAAAAGGAGAAAAACACAGAAAUAAUACAGCUUAUCGUGUAGAAGAUACUAUACAAAUGGAAGGAAGCUACAAUUCUAUCGUAAUACAACAAUCAAAUAGCGCACCACAAACACCAGCAAGAGAAAAUAAUUUAUCUACAUUCUAUCAAGAUAAUAAUAAAGAAAUAAGAGAAUUGAACGAUAUUGAGGACAAAGGAGCAAAAAACAGAGAAAAAAAGAAGAAAAAGUAG